GUUACACAAGCUGUACACGCACUACUUUACAUUGUAGCAAAGUGUCAUUUCUUCAGUGUUGUCACAUGAAAAGAUAUAAUCAAAUAUUUACAAAAAUGUGAGGGGUGUACUCACUUUUGUGAGACACUGUACAAAGCAAAUCAAAAUCACUAUUUUUUCAAAACCUUUCCAUGAAUUUUGUGCCAUUUGGCUAUCUCUGUGGUCCUGCAUUGAUGGAUCAUAGAGAUGCCUGUACAAUAGUACCUUUUGGCAAGAGUCACCUCGAAGUCAUUCAUUUUCGGAUGCUUCGUCGCAUGGCAAGUUAUGAAAAAUGCCGUGCACACUGCCACGUGAAAUGAGGCCUGAAGUGCACACUCCCUCGCGCUAUUGCGGACACGUCGAGUAUAAACCAGACUUAAGUGCAGUGGGAAAGCAAUGCCUUGUGCUUGUAGGACAGCACUGGCGACAUUUGGAAAGUUGCUAAGGUUUAUCCAAAAAGUUGCUAGAUUUGUUGUUAGGCACUCUUUUUUUUGCAAAAAGUCUGGAAAAUUUUUUUUGUUUCUAGCCCUUACAGUUCAAAGGUUAUUAUCAUAAAAAUGAGUGCAAUUUUGAGCUGUUGGUGGUGCUAGAGGAUUUGAGAUAGAGACACCAAAAUUGCUCUGGUUAAGGAUGAGACUGUCCUCUAUCUGUUUGCCAAAUUUCAUGACUUCUGUGGGCUGCCAUAGACUCGAGCGGAAUAAGAAGAAUAACACUAAUGAAAACAAUAGGUGCCUAUACACCUUUGGUGCUUGGCCCCUAAAUAUAGCUGCAAGCAGCAGUUACGGGGCUAAGCACUACAGAGGUGAAGUAAGGAGAUAAGCAAGCAUGGUCAUAAUUUUAUGACAAACCAACAAAAAAAAUUUCUAAGCAAAAAUGUGUUUUUUUUUCAUAUUUCAUGAACACUAGGUGGCAAUGUUCAGAAACUGUGCAGGUACCCUCAUGUCAUGAUGCCUAUGACAUAUACUAAGUUUGGUCUGAAUACACAAAAGCAUUACAGAGAUAUAGCAUCACGUCCAUUUUGGCAUGCUCGCUUUCAAAUUCAUUUGUGCGUCAUUUGAGAACGGUUUGACCAAUCAACUUGAGUUCCAUAAUUUUUUGUCGGCAUGGUCCAAAGAUGAUCUAUUUCACUUUUGGUGAAAAUUAGAUGAACGGUCUAGGAGGAGUUCAAAAAAGAUUUUUUUUUUACUAAAUUCAAAAUGGCAGACAGCAAGUUUGGCUGACCAUGGCCUAAUUGAUAUGUACUUGGCCUGAGCCAAGGAAUCUAGGAAGACCAGUCACAUGACAAUGGGCAAACGUAAUCAAAAGCAAUUAGUAUUUUUGAAAUGGCAUAAUUUUUGACCACAAGGUGGUUCUGUUCCAAAACAAUGACACGCAAACUGACUGACAUGAAAAUGUAAUAACAAAUGACUUGGCAUGCCCCUCUGAAUCUUUAGAGAACAGUUUCAUGAUUCAUGAUUUUAAGAUGACCCAUUCUGAAGUUAUUAACAAAAAGGUGCUUUUUUCAUGUCUCAUGACCACUAGGUUGUGAAACUGUACAGGUACCCUCAAGUCAUGAUGGCUAUGGCAUAAACUAAGUUUGGUAUGAAUACACUAAAGCGGUUCAGAGAUAUAACCUCAAGUCCAUUUUGGAGUGCUCGCCUUUGGAUUCAUUUGUUGUUCAAGAACGGUUUGGUCUAUCAGAAAUCUUUCAAAUUUUGUGAAAAUUGGAUGAACAGUCUAGGAGGAGUGUGAAAUAGUAGGUUUUUCAGAAAAUCAAAAAUGGUGGGAAAUCUAGUCGGUGGAAAUUAAAACCAUGGGAUCUGCAGGACUCUGCAUGAGCCAAGGAAUCUGGGGAGGAAAAAAAAUUAGUUUCUAGCUCUUACGGUUCAAAAGUUAUUAGCAUAAACGUGAGUGCAAAUUUGAGCUAUUGGUGGCGCUAGAGGGUUUGAGAUAGAGACUCCAAAAUUGCUGUGGUUAAUGUUGUGACUGUCCUCUAUCUGUGUGCCAAAUUUCAUAACUUUCCCACAAAUGGUUCUAUGGGCUGCCAUAGACUCAAAAGCAGAAGAAGAAAAAGAAGAAGCGGAAGAAGAAGAAUAAAGAACACUAAUGAAAACCAGUAAUAAGCUUAUAGAGCAGAACAGUACGUUGGCUUUGUCAAGCCAACAUAAUUAUAAUAGGCCUAGUAUACUGUAGACUAAGCCUGGCAUGUGUUGUUGCAAAAUCUUUGUAUCUUCUCACAGAUGACAGCCUUCGCCUGUCAUACCUGUGCAUCAGAAAAAAACAGAACUAAAACGAACAGCGUCAUUACCAGUUUGCUUUAGGCAUGCAUGUGUGCCACUGUUCACACAGGUAUGUACGCAACACUCCCUAAUCAAGGCUCAAGGGAAAUGUUGCCAGGUUCAUGCCUUCACCUAGGAAUUGAGCUACUUUUAAACUUUUGUCAGAGGUUCCCUGAUAUUUUUUGUCAUCUGGAUGGAGUUGGUUGUUUUACAUAAAAUUAGGUUGUUUACAUGGAGUUAGCCUUUUCAGUGAGCUCCUCUUGAUACUGUUCUCGACAAAAGCUAUGUAGGUUAGCCAGUAUUAAUUAAUGUAUGCAGUGAGUGGCACUAUCCAAUUUGUGUAUUUUCUGAAAGAACUGAUGAAGAAACUCGCAUGUUUUAAUGCUGCCUCUCCAUUGGUGUCCUAUUAAAUAUUAGGCUGUUUUUUUAGCUGCUUUAAAUAGCCUUUGGGCUGAAUUUGUCAUGCAGAGCUGGCAACCCAGCUCACGGAGUCAAUGUGAGUCAUACCUGCAGAGGAUUGAGUGGAGAGACCUGCUCUUAUUUCCAUAACUUCAGCUAUGGAAGUGAAUUGGUGAUGUUUUUUGGUUCUUCUUUCACUUACGAUACUUGGACAUGUACAUUGACAGAGUGAGAAUGAGAGAGGAGGGGCUUCAGGCCGUGUGCGAGUUUUGACAGUUGGAGCCAGGCUCUGAACGUUCCUUCAAUUGUUUAGACUUGAAGAGUACCAGUCUUGCAGACAUGGAGGCCAAAGAGGAGAUCAGUGACACAGACAGUGGGAUUAUUCUGCAUUCUGGACUGGACAGUCCUAUUAUUGUAACCAAGGAUGUGAGUACACACACUCGGGCUGUAAAGCUAAAACGGCAGUCAUUACAGGACAGGCUUGAGCUGUGCAUUCUGGAGCUGAAGAAACUCUGUAUUAGAGAGGCUGAGCUCACUGGACAUUUGUGCUCCGACUACCCUCUGUUGCCUGGAGAGAAACCUCCACAGAUUCGCAAACGCAUUGGGGCUGCUUUUAAGUUGGAUGAACAAAGCAUUCUGCACAGACACGAGGACUCAGAGCUAUGCUCAGUGGAAGCUAAGCUGGCCUUGCAGCAACAGAUCUACGCAGCAGCUCAUAGGCUGUGCCGUGAGGAGCACCUGAGCAAGGCAGUAAAGAAAAGCAGAAUGCAGCAGUGCAAGCGUGAGGAGCAGAAACUUAAGGAGCUCCAAGAUUCCGUAUUCCAACUACAUCUUGAACACGGCCGCUCCUCACCACAAUCUAGUAUAAUCACACAAAAACAUCAUGGCACUUCGGAUAACAGUUCAUUGUCAGAUUCUGCAGUGUUGGAUGAAGAAGAGCUGAUGAGCCAUUCAUCCCAGGCUUCCUCUGAGCCCCCCUCUAUUACAGAGUUUCAUUCUCUAAAACAUCUUUCUCUAAAUUCAUCUGAUCCCCUGCUUCAUCCCCCUGAGCCAAGCCCCAGCCCCCAUCAGCCACCUGUCAAGCAUUUGCACCGUUGUCACAGCCCUUUGCUAGAGUAUGAUCCUGCCCCCAUCCAGAAUUCCCCUUGGAAGGAGUCUAGCCUUGAUCAGCCUUACCAGAAACAGAAGUCGUCUCACUCCAGUAGCACUAGCUCCAGUCCUGCUGUUACAUCUACAUUGCCCCCAUUGGAAACAUGUUUAAAAGAGGUAGACCUACAGGUGCAGAUACCCAAACAUACAAUCCUGAGACACUCACAGUCCCACAGUACCCCCUCUACUCCAGAGAUGCAUCUUCGGAGAGUACUGUCCCUCAGAGUUCCCAGUAGUGAACCACCAAAUAAUGCAGAGCGAGACAGAGGCCGGUCGCACGGUCCCAGAAGACGACUGACUGAUGUUAUUUCGAUGACACCGGAGCACUCCCCUAUUACGUUGGCUAAGGGAAACCCACUACACCACUCCAGUUUAGAGGACAGGAACUCUGAGCAGUUGUUGGCACCUUCCUACACCAGCUCACCAUGCCAAGUGCUUUUGGCUGAGCCAGAGCAGCUAUGCCAUGCACAGCACAGACACAACUGCUCUAAUCACAUCUCAUUGUCCUAUGUAACUCACAGCUACCACAAAAACUCCUCAGCCCAGCUUUCCCCCAGGCUCUACAGAGGAUAUAUAGAUGAGGGAAGAGGUCAUGAUAUGGACUUGAGUAGAACACGUAUCAGGCGCCAGCCUUCUCCUUGCACCAAUGGUCACUACUCAUACUGGCACGAAGAGAUGCCACUAUACCAGCAAGGGGGCAGACUGAUCCCUCACCACCUGAAGCUAUCGCGGGCCCCAUCAUUCAAAGAAUACCCCCAGCACCCAAGCAGAGCUCUCCCACGACAGGUGGUUUCUGACGAGCUGAAGUCAUGGCAUCAGCGCUGCCAUCUGCGGCCACAGUCUCUAGACAGACAGGGUGCUGUGCACAUUCGGAACCGGCCCUUACAUGAGUUGCCAUUCUCUCAUCAGCAUGACUUCUAUGAUCAGAUCCCCAAAAGGACUGCAGACAGAACACCAGUGAACUGGUAUGAAGAAGAAGACCAAGAGAUUGUAAGCCAGGUGUAGCAAAAGGACCUUCACUGAAAAAAGUCCUAUUUAUGUUUUAAUUUAUUGACUAAUUAGAUGAAAAUAUCAGUGCUUGUAUCUGUAGUUUGUCUGAGCUUUUAUAUUUUCAAAAACAUUUUUAUAUAAAAGACACUAUAGUCAUUUUUUACUUCUUUUUCUUUUUGAAAUUCUGUGGGAAACAAUGUUGUAGGGUUGUCACGAUACCAUACUAGCUGAAGUAUCACGAUACCAAGUAGUAUCACAAUACCAUGCAAUAUUAUGUUAAUUCAUAAUUCAAAUCUACAAAAUGAACCAAAUUUGCAGAAAUACAUACAGUAUCUCACAAAAGUGAGUACACCCCUCACAUUUUUGUAAAUAUUUGAUUAUAUCUUUUCAUGUGACAACACUGAAGAAAUGACACUUUGCAA